CUCUCCCUCUGUCCUGGACAGACCUACAAACUCGACUACCCGUUAAACUUCACCGCCCAAGACCAGGAGAUCCUCACCCUUGGUUUCCCUACCGAUCACACCAGAGCAACACUCGUUGUCGCGGGUCAUCUGUCGGGGGUGAACGCCAACCACAGCACGGCGAUCAACGGCCAAUGCCGCGGAUGCGAUCGUGUCAAAGUCCGGUAUAUCCAAGUCGACGGCCAAAGAGAUCCGGACGCGGACAUCCUCCCCGGCGGAGGGGCGAAUAUCGCUCUUGGCGGGAGUAAUACCGGCCAGCUAGUGGAGUUCACGAGGAGCUACGACCCCCGGUCCUGGAGCUGCCUGCAUUUUCAUGAAGGCCAGCACGCUUGCUCGAAGGCGACAGUGGUGAACAACGAUAUUGGUCCAUGUGGGUUUAGCGAGUACGAAGAGUGGGCUGACGGGAUCAGCCUUUCCUGCAAGGAGAGCUACGUCGCUGGCAACCUCAUACGUGACGCUACAGACGGAGGGAUUGUCGUCUUCGGCGCACCGGGGAGUCUGAUAGAGAGGAACACGAUCUGGGCCGUGAAUCGCACUCUGCUGGGAGGGAUCAACAUGGUCGACUAUGAUCCCUGGGAAGGAGACUACUCGGGCACGAUCGUACAACACAACCUUGUCGUCGGGGGGGUGCCAGGCCGAGAUCCGGCAGACCCGAAGGAACUGGACGCGUUCGUCAAAGUUGGCAUCGCCGUGGGAUCCAGGAUCUGGUUUGGGGACAAAUACGAUUCUGAGCGGUAUGUAGCGCAUGGGUCGGUCAAGAAUAACGUCUUCACCGGCGCGUUCGGGUAUGCGAUCGCCAUCUCCGGAGCGAAACAGUUCAGCGUGCACGCCAACGUCCUCUCGGGUCCUACCUCAUUCGUCGGUUCCCCAGGUCCUACAUGCACG